AUGUCUCAAUCUUAUCAUAGACCAAGACCUCAUGGCCUUGCUGCAGCUGUCCUAGAUAAACAAGCAUCAAAAUUCAAUGAAACUGAGGGAAAAUAUUUAUUGGAUUGGAUUAAGGAUAUUACUAAAGAGGAUAUUGAAACUGAAUGUACAGCUGAAAAAUUCAAAGAAAUUUUAAGAGAUGGAACACUUCUUUGCAAACUUAUUAAUGCAAUAAAACCUGGAACAAUCAAAAAAAUUAUGAAACCUAUGUCAAAUUUUAAUUGUUUGGAAAAUAUAAACCAGUUUUGUAAUGCUGCACGUUCCUUUGGAGUUAUAGAUGAAGAAACUUUUCAAUCAGUUGACCUAUAUGAUGGUAGGGAUCUUUUUUCAGUUUGUGUAUCAUUACAAAGUCUUGGAAGAAAAGUUGAAAAACAAUUUGGCAUUCCAGCACCAAAACAAAUUGAAAGAUCGAAAAUCUGA